AUGUCCCCAUACAUUCCACCUACCCUAGCCUCGCUGCUGAUCCAAGCCCUGGCAUCACCAACAAACCAUUCUCUUCCCCAAAACUUCAAGGUUCCUGAAUUCGUCCCAACUCCCGCAGGCCAUGACUACCAACUCUGCACCCAAGGCUGUCUCCCGGCAGCAUUACUCUGUGCAGCUCCUGUCGUGACACCUCCACAUGCGAAUACCUGCGGCUCGGUCAGUUUCACUAGCCCUCUUCUCGAGUGGUACACACAUAGGGACUUUGGUGCCAUCACAUUUGGGUGCCACGAGACGAUUGUUGCAUCUAUAUGGGGAUACUUCUAUCCAUUCCUCAAAGUGAGCAGCGCGAAGUACAGCUCCAGCAGUAGUGAGCAUGAGCUUGUAAAGUGA